AUGGUGCCACCCACACAGUUGCUUGAGCAGCUUGAAAAUGAGUUCCGAGGAGAGCUGCUGAGUCAAAGGUGGACCCGGGGAGAAAAGAUCAGCAGUUGUGAGACAGCAAAAAGCCUCCACGGCGGACACAUCAAGAUGAGUUUAGAGAAUGACGAUAAGCGAGCACGCACGCGAUCAAAGGCAAUCAGAGUGCCUGCAGAACUCAUUGGCCAGGAGGUGAGCUGCCCCACUCCGGGAUGUAACGGUUCGGGACACAUACGUGGGAAGUAUGCACGGCACAGGAGCUUGCAAAGUUGUCCGCUAGCAAAGAAGAGGAAACUUCAAGAUGCAGAGGCCGAACACCUGGCUUCCAAGAGGAAAUCCCAUCCCCUUAAACUAGCCCUUGAUGAGGGCUACAGUGUAGACAGUGACGGGAGCGAAGAGGUGGAGGCCAAAGAAGAGUCGGUGACCGACGAUUCGGAGUGCACCUUGGAAGAAGAAGACACCGAGACGGUAGAGCAGGCGGAACCCUGUGGCAGCCCUCCGCCGACAGAAGGCCAAAUAGCAGAAGGAUCCCUGGCGGUUAAGAGGCCUGAAAGCGAAGGGCAAGUCUCCAAAGCCAGUGAGAACUUCAUGCACUUAGUACACGAAGGAGCAGCGACAAAGGAGGAGGAGGAGGCGAUCGAGGAGGAAUGUGAGAAGGAGAUCAUCAUCCAGACAGAGGAUGCGGAGGAAGUCAUCGAGGUCACCAGCGAACCCAGCAGUGACUUGUGCCUGGAACAUCGGGACGAUGAGGUGAGCGGCGAAGAAUCCUGCAAAUUGGAGAAGGAGGAAGAGGAGGAGGACAACGAGGAGGAGGAGGAGGAAGAAGAGGAGGAGGAAGAGGAAGAAGAGGACGAUGACGAGGAAGAGGAGGAAACGAUAGCCAAAGUGAUCUGCGAAGAAGCUCGUCGUUCAUCUCAGGACUCUCCCCAAACCCACCGGGAAGGACAGACGGUCAGCCCCAAGCCUGAGUAUUCCGUCAUUGUGGAGGUGAGGUCAGACGAUGACAAGGACGACGACUCCCACUCCCAGAAAUCCACUGUGACGGACGAGUCUGAGAUGUAUGACAUGAUGACCCGGGGGAACCUGGGGCUCUUGGAACAGGCCAUUGCCCUGAAAGCUGAACAAGUUAAGGUUGUCAGGGAGCCUGGGCAGCUGAUGGGGGAGCAUGCCAAACAUUUCCAGGUGGAGGAGAAGCAAGGCAAAGCCCUGGAUUCCAUCAGAAAAAGCUACUACAGCAAAGAUCCUUCGAGACCCGAGAAACGUGAGAUCAAAUGCCCGACUCCUGGCUGCGACGGCACCGGCCACGUCACAGGGCUGUAUCCUCACCACCGUAGUCUGUCUGGCUGUCCGCACAAAGACAGGAUCCCUCCGGAGAUCUUGGCCAUGCACGAGAAUGUAUUAAAAUGCCCAACACCUGGAUGUACCGGACAGGGCCAUGUGAACAGCAACCGUAAUACACAUCGAAGUUUAUCUGGGUGUCCCAUUGCUGCUGCUGAAAAACUAGCCAAAUCUCACGAGAAGCAGCAGCCGCCGACGGGCGACCCUUCAAAGAAUAGCUCAAAUUCUGAUCGGAUACUCAGGCCUAUGUGCUUUGUGAAGCAACUGGAGGUGCCUCAGUACGGGAGCUACCGGCCGAAUAUGGUUCCCGCCACGCCAAGGGCCAACUUGGCCAAGGAACUGGAGAAGUACUCCAAGGUCACCUUCGAUUAUGCAAGUUUUGAUGCUCAGGUUUUUGGCAAACGCAUGCUUGCCCCAAAGAUUCAGACUAGCGAAACCUCACCUAAAGCCUUUAAAUCCAAACCUUUUCCAAAGGCCUCUUCCCCCGGCCACAGUCCCUCGAGCAGUUACGUGAAGAGCACUUCGUCUUCGUCCACAGGCUUCGACUACUCCCACGAUGCUGAGGCUGCGCACAUGGCGGCCACUGCCAUCUUGAACCUCUCCACUCGCUGCUGGGAAAUGCCUGAAAAUCUCAGCACCAAGCAACAAGAUCUCCCCAGCAAGUCAAUGGACAUUGAAGUGGAUGAAAAUGGGACUUUGGACUUAAGCAUGAACAAGCACCGCAAACGCGAGAGCGCCUUCCCCAGCAGCAGCAGCUGCAGCAGUAGCCCCAGCAUCAAAUCCCCGGAUGUCUCCCAACGCCAAAACAGCACCAGUGCCACAAGCAGCACCAUGACCUCACCCCAGUCCAGCCACACGUCCCGGCAGGAUGAAUGGGACGGCCCCAUUGACUACACCAAACCAAAUCGGCAGCGGGAAGAGGAACCAGAAGAGUCGGAGCCUGCAGUCCGAUCUUUUGCUUCUUCCGAAGCAGAUGACCAGGAAGCACCCGAAGAGAAUUUUGAAGAGAGGAAAUACCCUGGGGAGAUCACCUUAACCAACUUCAAGCUUAAGUUUCUUUCCAAGGAGAUCAAGAAAGAACUGCUCACUUGCCCUACCCCAGGCUGUGAUGGCAGCGGACACAUCACUGGGAACUAUGCUUCUCACCGCAGCCUUUCUGGUUGCCCUCUUGCUGACAAGAGCCUCAGAAAUCUUAUGGCUGCUCACUCCGCUGACCUCAAGUGCCCAACUCCCGGCUGUGAUGGCUCUGGCCACAUAACAGGAAAUUAUGCAUCACAUAGGAGUCUGUCAGGGUGCCCUCGUGCCAAGAAAAGUGGGAUCAAGAUCACCCCCACAAAGGAUGACAAAGAGGACCCAGAGCUGAUGAAGUGUCCUGUCCCUGGCUGUGUUGGGCUGGGACACAUCAGUGGUAAAUAUGCCUCUCAUCGCAGUGCCUCGGGAUGUCCCCUUGCAGCCCGAAGGCAGAAAGAAGGGUCUCUCAAUGGCUCGUCCUUUUCAUGGAAGUCACUAAAGAAUGAGGGACCCACCUGCCCAACCCCAGGUUGUGAUGGCUCAGGUCAUGCAAAUGGAAGCUUCCUCACCCACAGAAGCCUAUCUGGGUGUCCCAGAGCUACUUUUGCUGGAAAAAAGGGGAAAAUCUCAGGGGAUGAAAUUCUCAACACUAAAUUCAAGACCAGCGAUGUUCUAGAGAACGAUGAAGAAAUUAAGCAGUUAAACAAAGAAAUUAGUGAGCUUAAUGAGUCCAACACUGAGAUGGAAGCGGCCAUGGUAAAGCUACAGUCGCAGAUCUCAAGCAUGGAGAAGAACCUCAAGAACAUUGAGGAGGAGAACAAGAUUAUAGAGGAGCAGAACGAAGCCCUCUUCCUUGAGCUCUCAGGGCUGAGCCAGACUCUCAUCCAAAGUCUCGCCAAUAUCCGCCUUCCACACAUGGAACCAAUCAGUGAGCAGAACUUUGACGCCUACGUCAACACCCUUACUGACAUGUACACCAAUCAAGAGUGCUACCAGAAUCCUGAAAACAAGGACCUUUUGGAAAGCAUCAAACAGGCUAUUAAAGGAAUUCAGGUCUAA